AUGCCUUCGGCGGCGACAGUGCGCGCUAUCUACCGAUGUCUGCUGCGUGACGCACGUGGGCUGCAGCGCACGCCGCACUUCAAUAUUCGUCGUGAGCUGAAGCUGGAGCAGUGGGGAGUUGGGGGCUUCGUGGAGCCGCUACCAGUGCAGGAGGAGACACGGGGCACGAACGAUCCGAGGGUUCUCACGUCGCUCGAGGAGUUCCGGAGGCUGCGGGACGAUGCAUUUCGCAUGGGUUCGCCCGGUGUCGACGUCGUUAAGAGCAUACAGACGGCAUUUCGGCAGAAUAUGCAUAUAAAUGACCAAAAGGAUGCGAGUGCGAAGCUGGACGAAGCAAUUGAGACAUUGAGCGAAUUGUCUGACCAACUUUUGUUGGCACAAUGCUCCAGUGUGACUGUGACCGACGGCGUCCGUAUCGAGGCAUCCAGCAAGUAUGUGCAGAGCCACAGCAACCCAGCCUCGAACACCUACCGCUUCACGUACCGGGUUACCAUCACCAACCAAAACGAGGAGUGCUCGAUUCAGAUUCUGGGACGCCAAUACACGUUCGAAAGCGAGAAGGGGCAACGGGUUGCACUGCCCCGCAACUCACCUGGAAUCGUAGGCGCUACACCUUUGCUGGCACCAGGUCAGACAUUCGAAUACGGCAGUGGAGUAGACAUCGACGCCCCACGCGGAUCCGUGACCGGCUGUCUCCAUGCAGUGAGGAAGACAGAGGACGACGACGACGGAGAGCUCUUCGACGUGCUAGUAUCGAAGUUUGCCCUGGUAGCCCCACACACACCUGGCAAUAGGUGA